AUGGAUCCACUUACUCACGAUGAUUUAAAUUUAAGUGAAAUCCUUGUAACGAGUUCUCCUGCGGAAACAACUCAGCAAAACAAUUCAUGCUGUGGUCAAAAAAUUAAUUUGUACUUUAAAACUACAGUUAGUAUUAUCAAACAAUGGCUCGAUAGUCUAGUUGAUGAUUGUAAUAAAGUAAAUGAAAUAUUAACGUUCGAAACGACUAAUAAAUCAGAUAUUGAAAACAUAAGAUACUGCUGUACAGAGCUUAAAGGUAAUUAUUUUAAAUUAUUCAAGUCGGUUAUAAGUGCUUUAAAAAAGCUACAAAUUGAUAAUCAUUCUGCUAUUAAUAACACUUGUCCAAUUUUGGCUGGAUUGGAAAAAAUUAAGAAUAAUAUAAUAACUUUUACUCAACGGCCGAAUAAAAUAAUGAUGAUGAAUAAUCCAUUCGAUAAUUUGUUGAAAAGAUUCUCGGGUAUGUCUGUAUCAACUAAUGAAAUACCACAAAAUACUUCAAAUAAUUCAAACUCAAUGAUAAAUCAUGAAAAUACUGGUUUAAAGAAAGUAAUCGAAAACUUACGAAACGUGCCACAAAAAAUUAAAGUAUCCAUUAAGGAGCUAAUUAAUAACAUCAGAAAAAAUUUAACCCCAGGAAGUUGUCAAAAACUACAAGGAUCGACAGACGGUAAUACUAGUGAUCACGUUGAUAAUCGAUCUCAUUCGUCUAUCCACCAAAAACUUCCCUUCUUAAAUCCUUUCGAGAAUGUAUUGAAGUUACGCAUAAUUUUAAAUUUUCCAUUUAAUAAUCCAAUUUCACAAGCAUUCAAUAAUCUACGUGAUUUGCCACAACAAAUCAAGGAGAUAAUCGAUGAACAGAUUAGUAAUAUUAGAGAUAUAUUCACGAAGAAUGAUUGUAGAGAAGUUGCAGAAAUGACAAAUAACGAUUCUGGAGGAAAUAAUUCAUCUGAUUCUUCUAAUACUCAUGAAAAAGUUUCAUCCCAAGAACCUUCUAAUGGCUUAGUGAAGAACUGGUUCAACUCUUCAAUGAUUGGAAGAUCUAUAGACAAUAAUCCAUUUUCACAAGCAUUCAAUAAUCUACGUAAUAUACCACAGAAAAUAAGAAAAUCGAUCGAUGAUGUAAUUAGCAACAUUAGAAAUAUUCUAACCUCAGGAAAAUAUAAAGAAUCCAAAGCUAUGCUAAUCCGUAGUGAUAGUAACCCAGUAACAAAUUCAUCUGUUCUGGACGAUAUUUCAUCCCGGAAUCCUUUCGUGGAUAAAUUAAACUUUCCAUCAUUAUUGAAGUCUCCAUUUAAUAAUCCAUUUUCGCAGGUGUUUGACAAUCUUCGUAAUUUAUUACAACAAAUUGGGAAAACGAUAGACGAACAAAUUAGUAUAAUCAGAAACCUAUUCACGAAAAACAACUGUAAAAAACUUACAUCAAUGACAAAUAACGAUUCUAGAGUUAAUAAUUCAUCUGAUUCUUCUACUCAUGAAAAACUUUCUACCCAAGAACCUUUAAAUGGCUUAGUGAAGAACUGGUUUGGCUUUCCAAUCAUUGAAAAAUCUACAGUCAAUAAUCGAUUCUCACAAGCAUUCGAUAAUCUACGUAAUAUACCACAGAAAAUAAGAAAAUCGAUCGAUGAUGCAGUUAACAACAUUAGAAAUAUUCUAACCUCAGGAAAAUAUAAAGAAUCCAAAGCUAUGCCAAACCGUAAUGAUAGUGACCUGUCAACAAAUUCAUCUGUUCUGGACAAUAUUUUAUCCCGGAAUCCUUUCGCGGAUAAAUUAAACUUUCCAUCAUUUUUUAAAUCUCCAUUUAAUAAUCCAAUUUCACAAGUAUUCAAUAAUCUACGUGAUUUGCCACAACAAAUCAAGAAGAUAAUCGAUGAACAGAUUAGUAAUAUUAGAGAUAUAUUCACGAAGAAUGACUGUAGAGAAGUUGCAGAAAUGACAAAUAACGAUUCUGGAGGAAAUAAUUCAUCUGAUUCUUCUAAUACUCAUGAAAAAGUUUCAUCCCAAAAACCUUCUAAUGGCUUAGUGAAGAACUGGUUUAACUCUUCAAUGAUUGGAAGAUCUAUAGUCAAUAAUCCAUUUUCACAAGCAUUCAAUAAUCUUCGUAAUAUACCACAGAAAAUAAGAAAAUCGAUCGAUGAUGUAAUUAGCAACAUUAGAAAUAUUUUAACCUCAGGAAAAUGUAAAGAAUUUAAAGCUAUACCAAACCACAGUGAUAGUGACCUGAUAACAAAUUCAUCUGUUCAGAACAAUAUUUCAUUCCAGAAUCCUUUCGCGGAUAAAUUAGAAUUUCCAUCAUUAUUGAAGUCUCCAUUUAAUAAUCCAUUUUCGCAGGUGUUUGACAAUCUUCGUAAUCUAUUACAACAAAUUAGACAAACGAUAGACGAACAAAUUAAUAUACUCAGAAACCUAUUCACGAAAAACAACUGUAAAAAACUUACAUCAAUGACAAAUAACGAUUCUAGAGUUAAUAAUUCAUCUGAUUCUUCUACUCAUGAAAAACUUUCUACCCAAGAACCUUCAAAUGACUUAGUGAAGAACUGGUUUGGCUCUCCAAUCAUUGAAAAAUCUACAGUCAAUAAUCGAUUCUCACAAGCAUUCGAUAAUUUACGCAACAUACCACAGAGAAUAAAAAAGUCGAUUGAUGAAUCGAUUAGUAAAAUUAGAAAUAUUCUGAUUCCAGAAAGAUCUAAAGGAUUAGAAAAUAAAAUAAACCACACACUUAGUAAUCCGGUUACUGAUUCAUCGGAUGCAGUUGUACACAAAACGACCCCAUCCUCAAAACCUGGAGAUGUAUUAACAGUCACGACUGAUAGCCCUGUAGGAAAAAUUUUAUCUCUAGGUCCCUUGAGUGGAUUGUUCAAUAAACUAAUUAACUCUUCAACGACUUCGAAAGAUCCGAUAACUUCAUCUACGAACCCAUUUUUACAAGCCUUCGAUCAUUUACGGAAUUUGCCAGAAAAAAUGCAAAAGUCAAUUGGUGAACAAAUUUCUCAUUUGCGAAACAUAUUAACGAAAAAUAAUCAUCAAGAAUCAAAGACUAUAGCCAACGACGAUACUACUCAUCCUAAUGCUGACAAUAAUCCGAUCAAUUUUUUCAAUAUGCUUUUUAAAGAUAUGAGGAAAACUUCAACGCCCGUGAAAGUCUUAUCUCAUAAUUCACAGCUAUUUGGAAAAAAUAUUGAUGAAAUUUCUACUAAUAUUAGAAACUUUUUUGUGCCUCAAGAACCUCAAGAACCAAAGACAGAAACAGAUAUUUUCGAUCCUUCUCAUAUUUAUAAAAUACUUUCAUCGUCACCAUUUGUGUUAAAUGAAUUAUUUACAAAUAUAUUUAAAUCUUUAUCUGAUACCAAAUCAUCCCGUCGUCAUCAUCAUUUUUCUGCGGCACGUGAUAUAUUCCAUAAUUUAGGAAAAGAUGCGAGAAAAUCAAUUAGUGCACUAUUUGGCGGUGUUCAGCACAUGCUUAUAUCACAUAUACGAAAAAGACACCAAAAGCAACCAACGGCUUCAAAAAUUUUAAUUCAACAGCCAUAUUAUGAAUUAUUUAAAAAACAAUUGUAUCAUAAACCAUUAUCAUUGCCAACUCGUAAAAUUUUACCAUUUUCCUCAUCGUUUCAUGAAAACAAAUUAUUUUCUAGAUCACGAAGUGACUCCUCUAAAUAUAAUUUUCUAAAAAAAUUUUUGUAA